CUGACAUCAUGGCUUCUCAGUUGCUUCCUCUCGAGCUCAUUGAUAAGUGUGUUGGCUCCCGGAUUUGGGUUGUCAUGAAGGGUGACAAAGAGUUCUCUGGGACCUUACUCGGAUUCGAUGACUACGUCAACAUGGUUAUGGAAGACGUCACAGAGUUCGACUACACCGGUGCCCAAAUCAAGCUCCCUAAGCUCUUGUUGAAUGGAAACAAUAUCUGCAUGUUGAUUCCCGGUGGUGAAGGCCCCGUGGCAAGCUCAUGAGCUUGGGAUACCCAGUUCUUAACCUGACGAAAAUAAAACUUUGUGUAUUAAUGAUACCAAAUGCAACGAGAUAGAACAAAAUCGUUG